AUGUUAACACCAUCGCAGGUCUUCUUCCAGGAGAUGUUUGCAGGCUCUAGACGGGUAAAUCCCAUCGGGAUCACCAAAGUGGCCACAAAGGGCCCCGAAACGCCAGACUUCGCGCGGCGAUUACUGGGAAAGCAAUUCCGACCUCAAAACAUCCAGCGGUCUCAGCUCAACAAUCGUGCCACCAAGGAGAAAGCUAAGAGCUCAACUAUCGGCUACUCGGUGAAUCCACUCCAAAAGGUCGUCGCAAGCAUUCAGGACGACGGCAGCAAACGCGAACACCGUGAACCAACAGUCUCACCCGUCCUCGUCCGCGACGCUUGCCGAUGCCCGUCAUGCAUCGAUCCCUCCGACAAACAGCGCAACUUCUCCUACUCAGAGAUCCCUUCCAACAUCUCCUUUAAGGAUGUCAUUUACGUCGAAGGCGCCGGCGACGUCGAAGUGCGCUGGGAGAACGACGUCCCCUCAUCCCCUCCAGACCACAGGUCCAUCAUCACCAAAGAAGCCAUCAAGAACCUCCGCAAUGAAUUCCGCAACCCGCAUUGGGACCUGUACAAACGGCCCUUGAAUCUCUGGGACCGCGACACCUAUCAAAAGGACACCGCCCGCGUCGAUUUCAACGACUACAUGAACCACACCACCUCCCUUGCCGAGGCCAUGCACCUCCUGUGGCGCGACGGCCUGGUCUUCAUCGACGGCGUCCCCGAAUCCGAAGAGUCCGUAUCCCAAAUCGUGAACCGCAUGGGGCCUCUACAACAGACCUUCUACGGCCCGACGUGGGACGUGCGCAGCGUGCCCAACGCCAAAAACGUCGCCUACACCUCCAAACACCUCGGCUUCCACAUGGACUUGCUAUACAUGCGCGACCCGCCAGGCUUCCAAUUCCUGCAUUGCGUGCACAACAGCGCCCAGGGCGGCGAGUCACGCUUCGCCGACACCUUCAACGCCCUGGACAAGCAGUUCAUCAGCCGCCCUCAGGACUUUCCCACGCUCAAGCACCAUCUCGUGCGCUACGAAUACGACAACGACGGCUUCUUCUACUCGGACGCCAAGCCCACGGUGCAGACCAUCGACUCGGCGGCUGUCCCGCCGCGCAACGUGCUCAAUGCCCGAUCCUCCGAAAUACGCAACGUCGCGCACGUCUUCUGGUCGCCGCCGUUCGUGGGCAAUAUCCCGCCGAAACCAGACCACCUGAAACUCAGCCGCUUUGUCCUGGCGAGCAAGAAGUUCUCUGAUAUCCUGGAGCAGCCUGAGAACGUGGUCGAAGAGAAGAUGGACAGUGGCACGUGUGUCAUCUUCGACAACUUGCGUGUCGUCCAUGCCCGGAACGCAUUCGACGUGAAUUCGGGCAAGAGAUGGCUGCGAGGAGCGUAUCUCAGUCGACAAGAUUUUAUUAAUAAGGCUGUAAAAGUCAUGAAUAUUAUGCCUGAGUAUGAACUCCAGCAUGUGGACGGAAGCAAUGAGUAG